GAUAACGCAGCACUGCAUGCAUGCAUGCAUACAUUUUCGUCGUGUGACUUCUUUUUCUGUUGUGUAUGUGAUAGCGAAAGAAAACAAGUAGUAGAACUAGAUCCCGCCCUCCUCCUUCUUCCACCUCUCACGGUUAAAUCCAUCCAUCCCUCCCUUUCCUUCCGAUCAAAAGACGUGCAUCGACAGAACCGGCGAGCAUUAUCGAACGAGACAGGAAGAAGACAUCACGAACGACGCACCCCAAGAUGACAAGACCGCGGCGUUCCUCCGCCGCAAGCGAGGAGAGCAACAUUGCGGCUCGAGACCAGGAGUUGGGAAGCAUGUAUGACUACCUGGCCAAGAUCAUAUUACUCGGACCCAGUGGGACAGGCAAAUCCUGCCUGCUGCAUCGAUUCGUGAAGAAUGAAUGGAGGGUUCUUUCGUCGCAGACCAUCGGCGUCGAGUUUGCGACCAAGAUCAUCAAGGUCGGCACCGGCGCGAGGCGGAAGAGGAUAAAGCUACAGCUCUGGGACACAGCCGGCACCGAACGUUUCCGAUCCGUCUCGCGCUCCUACUACCGCGGGGCGGCGGGCGCCAUCCUCAUCUACGACAUCACUUCGCACUCCUCCUUCAACAACCUGCAACCCUUCCUCAACGACGCGCGCGCUCUCGCCUCACCGAACCUCACGCUGGUGCUCGCUGGGAACAAGCUCGACCUUGCCGAUUCAAAUCACCUUGUGGACACGAGCAUGCCUCCGCCGACGCCCUCAAGCUAUGGAUCCACGAGCACCAUCACGCUCGCCGGAGGAGAUGGAGGGCAGGCUGGUGGCUAUUCGAUGGGCAGCGUGAGCAGCACGACGAGUAGAAGCACCAUUACGGCGAAUUACGGAGGCGGCGGCGGCGGCACACACCAGCAGCGGGCGACGAUCGCGCCAGAUGGUAGAGAGGUCACGGCCGGGGAGGCAAGCAGAUGGGCAUCGAGCGUCAACGUGCCGGUCACGAUGGAGGUCAGUGCGUUCAGCGGAGAUGGAGUGGACGAGGUGUUUGCGCGGCUGGCGAGGAUGAUCCUCACCAAGAUCGAGCUGGGCGAGAUCGACCCGGACGACCCGAUGAGCGGGAUCCAGUACGGCGACGCGGGUGGGCUGUGGCACAGCAACGCCAGCGACGGAGCGAGCAUCAAGAGCGCCCUCACCACAGACGAGAUUGGGGCCAGCAGGAGGACCGGCCGGGCGAGGGGCAAGAGUCGGGGCCAGUGGGGUGUCGGAGUUGGGAUGAGGGAGUGGGAGGACGUGUUCACGCUGAGCGCGAGGAGGAAUAGGAGAGGCUGUUGCUGAAGGGUUGUUUUCUCGCGAUCCCGAGGAGCAGCCUGGCCCAGCCAACCCAUCCCACUGGCCGGCAUGCUCGAGAGCUGGUCUCGCUGGCCGGUCUGAAGGGAUUUGUCACAAUUGUGACUACUACUUCUUCUUGCUUUUCGCUUCUUUAGCCCGCGACGAUACAACUGGACAUGAGGGCGUUCGGGAUGAUGCUCUUUGUUUUCUUCUUUCUUCUUCCUUCUGGUUACUACAACACAAGAGGAACUUGAGCUGGAUUCACAAAAGCGUGGCGUCUACAGAAUUAACGGACACGGAUACUAUUACACUGUUGUUUAUAUCUUUUGUUGGAGACCGUAUGGAAGGGAGGAGGGCCCCCCCCCGGGGGGGGGUGGCAGUCAGGCAGGAAGGCUCUGGCGACACUGAAGAAGUCAUAUAAUAAUAUUGAAGAUGAUCGACCAUAC